CUUACACUGUGGCUUUUUACUUUUUAACUUGGUCUGGUGCUGUAUCGAGUUGAUUUAAAAUGGAUGUGUCCGGAAAGGUUUUCUUGAUCACUGGAGGGGCCCAGGGGUUAGGCAAAGCGUAUGCUGAGGCAUUGCUGGCCAAAGGAGCGAAGGUGAGCCAUUGUCUGCGAUUGUUUUUCUUUUCGUUUUGUUUUCCUAAAAAGAGGAACUGGCCUUCGUUUACACCCGUUGUUGCUCUGACAUGGUACAUCUAUGCAUAUUGUGUAGUUAGUUCUGAGCAGACCGUCGAUUGUAUUUUGAUCCACGCGUUAUUUCAUCAGAUUUUCCUAGGCGAUGUGGACCCCAAGGCUGGAGCUGAAACUUCAGAAGAUUUCCAGAAACGUUUUGGGGAGCAAAAUGUCAAAUUCACAGCUUUUGAUGUAACAGAUAUGGGAAAAUUCGAAGCUGCCUUCCAAGAGGCUGUGUCCGCCUUUGGUCGUGUGGACGUCAUGGUAAACAACGCUGGUAUCAUGAACGAAGGUGUCUGGCAGAAAAUGAUCCAGAUUAACUUUACGGCCCUGGUCAGGGGCACAACACUGGCCACUGAGCACAUGAGGAAAGAUAAAGGAGGAGCCGGGGGGGAGAGUGAUUAACAUCAGUUCUACCGUUGGUGAGGAUACAGACAAAUGAUGUUUGUGUUCGUCUACCCGUCCUCUUUCCUACCCCUC